GAGCCGCAGAAAUUAUUGCCAUCCCCAAUCAGAAAGGAGAGGGAGAAGAGACCAAACCGCAACCAUGCAUCCGACAAGGUGCCUGCUCAAGCGGUCCAUGUGGAAAGGGCCUCACAUUGUCCCUCUCCCCAUUGUCCGACCAGAGCCCGGGAAGAAGAUCGUACCAAUUCGCACGCAGGCCCGUGCCGCAACCAUCCUACCCAACUUCGUAGGGCUCAAGUUCCAGGUCUACAACGGCAAGGUCUACCACGAUGUGACCAUCACCGAGGACAUGGUGGGCCACAAGCUGGGCGAGUUCUCGCCGACAAGAAAACCGUUCGUCUGGACCAAGACCAAGUAGCCGUAUCUGUGGGAUAUGACAAGAUUGGUGUGUUCUGGCAUGGAGAUACCACGAGGCGUCGCGAAGGGAAUAUUCUCAGUGCUUUGUUUAUAUUUUUAUCCUUUUUUUCUCUUCCCAGAGAUGUACAAUGUAUGUACGAUUCAGUGCUCUAUGGAAUAGACAGGCGCUGGGAUUGUAAGCCA